AUGACAUUCAAAACAUCUAGAGUAUCAUAAUGGCAUCAUGUAAUGGUGGCUAUUAGUUCGGCGUUGGUUUUUAUAAAAUUGUGUAUAUUGAGUUUUUCGUAAGGUGUUUUAGACUGUGAAAUUGUUUUUUUCUUGUGAAGAUUUAUGGCAAUUGCCACGUUUUGGUCAGUGAUGAGAGUUUAUAAUGUCUGUACAUUAUAAGUUUAAAUCAGCCCUUUCUUUUGACACAAUAACUUUUGAUGGCCUACAUAUUUCUGUCCGAGACUUGAAGAAAGCUAUUUUACAACAAAAGCAGAUUGGAAAAGCUACUGAUUUUGAUCUUCAAAUAACCAACGCCCAGUCUAAUGAAGUUUAUGAUGAUGAAAAUGUUUUAAUACCAAAGAAUUCAUCUCUAAUAGUUGUUCGUAUACCUUUGACAGCUCAGCAAAAGAAAAGCUGGGAGAAAGCUGAUACGUUACCAUCUCUUAAUACUAAACAGAUUAUCAGUCCAGAUGCGCAAGAUUUAUUAGUUAAUCGUCUAGCUAAGGCUGUUGAUCUUACUAAUGUUGACGCAAGUGAAGGAGACAAAAUACAAGCUGCUAUAACUCAGUCUACAUUAGAUUAUGAUCCUUCAAAUUAUUUAAGGAUAAAAGGAUCAAAUCAAGUUGGAGAACUUCCUGCUAAUUAUCGUUGUUACAAAUGUUUGCAACCUGGCCAUUGGAUUAAAGACUGCAAAUUGAAUGCUCAACAGGAUGCAAUUGAAAUAAAGAAAAGUACUGGUAUUCCUCGAAGUUUUAUGGUCCCUGUUGAGGGUCCUGAAGUUCCUGGAGCAAUGAUGACACCAACGGGACAGUUUGCUGUUCCUUCGAUUGAACAUGAAGCAAGAAGAGAGCCUAUAAGAAAACCUGUAGAACCAGCAGUGUUAGAGAAACCUGCAAUUCCUGAUGAUUUGCUGUGUGGAGUUUGCAAGGACCUUUUAGCAGAUGCUGUUCUAAUUCCGUGCUGUGGAAAUUCUUUUUGUGAUGAGUGUAUUCGAAAUGUGUUAUUGGAAUCAGAAGAUCACCAGUGUCCUGACUGUAGAGAAAAGGACGUUUCCCCUGACACGCUUAUUCCUAAUAGGUUUUUAAGGAAUGCUGUUAAUAAUUUUAAAAAUCAGACUGGCUAUAUAAGGACUCCUGUUGCUAAGACUUCUGCUGCGACUUCGACUCAGCAAUCACACUCUCAAGCCCCAACUCUGCAAGCCCAUCAUCCUGCGCAGUUACCGUUACCAGUUGCCGUUGAAGACGUUCAAACAGUUCAUACACCAACUCCUCCUGUUAGCCCUGAGAAGGAGGAACCAACUACUACAACUGAUGAGGUUGUUGUAGUUAAUGAAGUGUUGGAGGUGGAACCAGUGGGCCCCCCCUCCCCUCAGGGGAACGCUAUACCUUCCCUCCAAACCAUCACUUCCUAUAUCCCACAACGACCCCCUUUACACCACAUUCCUUCUAGAGUCCCUCCUAAUCCUAUUAUCUGUCCUAAAGGUGAAGAUAAACCGCACCAUAUGAAGGAGAAACCGCACUACAUGAACAAGAGAAGUGAUCGUUCUGGAACACCUACAAUCGAUGAAAGAAAUAGUGAAAGGUAUCCAGUUCAUCAUGGAAAUCAACGUGGUUCUGGCAUGAACCCAGUUAUUAUUCAUGUCCAACAGCAGCCGAUGAAUAACAACUCUGGACAACAUAAUAACAGAGGACAACAUCCCAUGUACAAUCGGGGUGGUGGAGGAGGUAAUUACAUGUAUACCAGAACUCCUUAUCACAUGACACGGGCUCCACCACGUGCUCCACCUAUGAUUUACCCCUAUCCUCCAGGAGGACCUCCGCACAUGAGGGGUAGUGGACAGGUAUAUCUAAGAGGCAGAGCUCGGGCACCGUUUAGACCUCAUUCACCGAACAACACUACCAUUCCGCCUGGACCUAUAGAUGAUCCAGUUGAACUCUUUGAAAGAUUGAUUCGAGAACAAGAUAAAAGGAGGGCACAACGUAGAUCUCGCUCUCGUUCACCUUAUUCAAGGUCUCGAUCAAGAUCACCUCCUUCACCACGAAGGGCUAGAACCAGAUCUCGUUCUAGAUCUCCAACACGUGCUAGCACGAGAACUAGAUCCCGAUCUCGUUCUCUGCCACCCAGGAGGAGAAGAUCUCGAAGCAGAAGUGGAGGAGCAUUUACUAUCAGCAGGUCAAGCUCAAGAUCUAUCAGAUCACGGAGCCAAGCCAGCAGAUCUCCCAGUAGAGACAGACGAGAAUAUUCUCCUAGGCAUCGGUCUGAUUAUCGAUCUCCAAUCAGGCCACAAUCUCCUAUCAGGUAUUAUUCCCAAAGAUAUAAAGAAGAACAAUACAAUAAUUUUCAUGGAACCAGAAACGGUCGAGGUGGGAGGUACGGGUCUAAGUCGCAGGAGUUUUAUCCUCAGGAAUAUCCCAGGGAGACUGAACGGUAUGACAGAAUUGGAGGACGAGAACGAGAUAGAGAUAGAGAACGAGACAGAGAACGAGAUAGAGAAAGGGACAGGGAUAGAGAUCGUGACAGAAUUGAUCGGGAUAGGGAUAGAGUGGAUAGAGAUCGAGUUGAUAGGGAUAGGGUUGAUCGGGACAGAGAUAGGGAGAGAGAUCGAGAAAGGGAUAGGGUAGAAAGGGAUAGAGAAAGAGACAGGGUGGAACGAGAGAGAGUGGAGCGAGAAAGAGUUGAGAGAGACAGGGUAGAAAGAGAAAGGAUUGAAAGAGAGAGGGUUGACAGGGAAAGAAUAGAAAGAGAGCGAGAAAGGGAUCGUGACCGAGAAAGGGAACGAGAUAGGGAGAGAGAACGUGAGAGAAGCUAUUCUUAUAAAAGAUAUGAUGUCCUAGAGCCUGUAAGGUAUGAAGAGCAACUAAGAGAUCUAACUGGAAGGGAUUGGGAAAAGACCAGGGAUCGGGAGAUGGAAAUUAGGGAACGUGAGCGACAGUCCGAAUAUUACAGAAAGAGAGACAUGCGCGGAAAUGUUGAGAUCAUCGAAAUGUCUCGAGAACCUAUAGCUCCCCCAGGUGUCAUUGAAGAAGAAAGAGAUAGAGUUCUUGUCCCCCUUCCGAUGGAUACUGAGCCUCUUGAAAAGUCUUCUCCAGACAAAGAAAAGAAGCCCAAAGAAAAGAAAAAGAAGAAGAAAGAUGAUCCUGAGAGAAAGAAAAAGAAAAAGAAGAUAAAAGAUAAGUCUGAUACUAAGAAGGAUGCUCCUGAAGAAGGUGAAAUAGUAUCUGAAAAAAAUGAGCCUGAACCAGCAUUGGAAGAUAAAAAAGAUGAAUUAUACGGAGAUCUGGGUGCGAAUGUUGAUCAGUAUGUUGUGCAGAAUUAUAGUAAGCCAUUUGAAGAGAAGAAAGAAGUGGUAGAUAAGGAUGUAAUGUUAGCUCCUGUACCUGAACUUUCUAAAUGGGAAAAAGACGAAGAAAUGCUGAGUGAAGUUGAGGAGAGCAAGAGAAUUGCGGAAGAAGAAGAUAAGCAACUAACUCCUGAAAUGCUUGAACGUGCAAUGAACGCACUCUUUAAGAAAGCAGUGAAACCAAUAGAAAAGAAAACUGAUAAGAAACCUGAAAGAAGAAGUAGGGAAAGAGAGAGGGACAAGAGGGAAGAAAAAGAAUCUGAUAGACAUACUAAAGACACACCCAGGUCAGUCGCUCUGCCUGUCAAGGUUGAUUAUGAUAAAAAGAGUAGCAACAGUAAUAGUAGUUCUAGUAAAAAUAGAUCACAGAGUAAACCUAACAGCGUAAGAAUAUCUGCAAAAGAAAGGCUUGGUGCUAAAAUAGAAGAUAAGUUAGUUGUGAAGAAAGAAGUAAGAGGCGACAGGAGAGAAAUAAAAAUUGAGAAAAUACCAAAAAGUGUUGUUAGGAAGGAAAGGGACAAUGUAGAAAAGUCUAGAACUGGGAGUAGAGAGCGUAGGAGGUCCCAUUCCAAGCAGAGGGAAAUUAAACAAGAACCCUCUGUAGACGUGGCAGAAGCCAAGAAAGCUAACUUAGAAGAACCCCAUUUCGAGCCUGAUUAUGAAAAAUCCGAUCAUGAAGCAGAAGAAAAGAAGCCUUCUGACGGACAGCAAGCCAAGAAAAGAUCUCCUAGCAUUGACAAAGGCCCUGAAGUAAAGAAGCUUAAAGUAGACGCAGAAACAAAACCAUCAUCUGAAGACUCCAGUGCCAGCUCAGAUGAUUCUGAAAAAAGUCACAAGAAAAAAAGAAAGAAGAAGAAGAAAAAGAAAAGCAAGAAAAGGAGGCAUGAUUCAAGUAGUGAGUCUGAUUCUUCUGAUUCAUCAUCCACCUCAGAAUCGGAGAAAAAGAAACGGAAGCAUAAACAUAAAAGUCAUAAGAAGUCAAAGAAACGAAAGAAGUCUAAAAGAUAAAUAUUGUAAUUUAUCACCUUUAUUUUAUUAGAUAUGUGUAAAUUGAUGUGCUAAAGAGGUAUAUGUACAUAAAUAUUAUGUAUAAUCUUACGAUAAAAAUAUAUGUAUAUAUUAUUUAUAGGAAAUUAAGAACAAUUCAUCCUUAAGUUUUUGUUUUGUAUGCAUUUAUUUUCAAUUAUGUAUAUACAAGUUUUAAUGUGAUCUUUGUAUUAUAAAGUUUUUCUGAAAUUUAUGUUAUAUCUUUU